GAGAAGUGACAGUAGCACGAUUUCUAGUCUAGAACAUGUCUUCAAUGCGUUAUAUUUAGUAAAAUAGCAUAUCUACUUCCGGUUCCUUUAUAAACAAAUAGCAAAUCUCCAGACAGAUAAACUACUCUCUUGUAAUUUUUUUUUGUGGCUCUUUUAGACCCGCCCCUUGUACGGAAUGUUGGCAUACUGACUUCCGGUUUCUGUGCUCAAGCUGCUCUUCCAAAGAGAGAAAGGGGAAUUUGUUUGGGUCUAGUAGAUUCUGUGUUGUGGGCAGAUCACAGAUUAGAAACGGUGGAAAGAAAGCGAUCGCUGGGAGGUGGUUUCCUCUCUGGAUCUGCUUUGUAUUAGAACUGUACCAAUGUUAUCAGAUGAGCUGCAGUCCAAACCAGAGCUGCUGGUUGAGUUUGUACAGAAUACUUCCAUUCCUCUGGGAGAAGAACUGGUGGAAGGUGACCCAAAAGACAUAGCAUGUUUGUCUCUCCUUCCCGAACCCUCGGAAUGUGGCUCCUUGCUGUUACCAGAUGCUCCUGUAGCUCAAGGUAUGCCAGCUAAGGAUUCAGGUACUUCCUUGCUGAACAGCCUCCAAGUGGACAUUGAUCACUGCACAGAUUCUAGAGACGAGAAACCCAUUGCAUUGCUUUCACCUUCUGAACCUUCCUCGCUGCUCAGUGACUUACCUACCAAUGACAAUUCUUCCUUCAUUCUCCUCAAUCUAGCUAGAACAGGCCUGACUUCUCCAUCAGAACACCUUGUUUUUGUCCAAGAUGAGGUUGAAGACUCUGGCAGUGAUUUCCUUUCCAAUGACUGCACAGACAGUAACACACCCUGGUACUUACGGGUACAGGAGCUGGCCCAUGAUAGUCUAAUUGCUGCCACACGGGCACAACUGGCAAAAAGUGUCAAGACAAAUAGUGUUGGAGAAACCGCUCUGAGCAAUUUUACAGAAACAGACACACGAACUUCCCUGCCACCACCAAAGCAGUCCCCUCGAGAGAAACGGCUGCAUUGCUCUUUCCAAGGCUGUGACAGGUCUUUUGUGUGGCCAACACACCUUCGUUACCAUCUAAAGACGCAUAGAAAUGACCGUUCCUUUGAAUGUCCGUCAGAAGGUUGUAGAAAGAGGUUCUAUGUCCUGCAAAGACUGAAAGUUCACAUGCGCACUCACAAUGGGGAGAAACCUUUCCUGUGCUCAGAGCCAGGCUGCGGUAAACAGUUUACUACAGCUGGCAACCUGAAGAAUCAUCUCCGUAUCCAUACUGGAGAGAAACCAUUUAUUUGUGAGAUGGAGGGGUGUGGACGUUCUUUUGCAGAAUAUUCAAGUCUUCGGAAACAUCAGGUUGUCCAUUCAGACCAGAAUGCCUCAUCCCACUGCACACAUACUGUACAAGAGACUCUGCAGCAUUCCCAUCUGCUUUCUGUGGUAUCAGAAAGGCCAACAUACGAAGAGGAUGUGUCCAUUUUGUUGAACUAAAUCCAAUUAUUUUGACUUUUUUUGUUCAUCAUAAACCCUUUGGUCUACGUGGGAUUACAAGUAGUCCUUCUCUAAAGAACAAAGCAUAAGCAAAUGAUGUUUCAGUGACAUAAAUGAGCUUGCUGCAGAGACGAUGUGGAAAAACAAACUUGGAUUAUAUGAAUAUAAGACCCUGUAGCAGAACAAGCAUGGUACUUGUCACUCCUUGCAAGUGGAUUCUGCUGCUAAAAUGAGACUCCAGCUGGAAUUUUCAUCUUUGGGUUGGUACUAUUUCUGAAGUACCAGGACAUAGUUUUGUGUGUACAUUUCAGGGUGCACAGCAGCUCUCACACAGGGCCCUGCUCCCAAAUGGGUAAUCACAUUUUCUUUAAUUUAUAUUCAGAUACCUAAACAGUAAACCAGAAUGGAAGGGCUCAUAAGGCUGCACACUCAAAAAUAAACCGUUAAACCACA